AUAUCAUGAUAUUACAUAGUCGAACGCUGCUGUCUCGAUUCUCGGCAAAGAGUUCACGAUUCACGACUCACGACACAUAAAGCGUUGAUUGUUUCGCGCGACAAUAAUCGGGCGUACGUGUAUAUAUACGUACGAAGGUGCUUACUGGCAGACAUUGCAUUCUAAGGAUUGUCACCUACGAAAGGUCAUCGCGUAAUCGUGAAUAUGCAAUAUCCGCGCGAAUGAGCGGAUCCUUAGAUAACUAUAACUUUAAUACAUUGUGUCACACGUUUUGAAUUACGCAAAAAUAAGAGAGAUUGCAAUCAUGGAAUCAUCAGAUAGAAAGAAUGUAUAUCUUACGAAAACUGGUGAUAAUUCUUUAAACUCUGGAAUGAGAGACACUAUGAUUGUCGGCCAGACUAAUAUGGCACCAGAAUGUGGUGGAGAAGGCGUGAUGAAACCCAAUAAUGUGUCAAGUGUUUCUACUAAUCAAACCAAGUGGUCUACUGGUCAGGGAAAAAAUUUUAUUAUCAAUGCAGUGCCAGUGAAGAAUGAGAUUGUACAUCUGGAAGAUGGUAAUGCACAUUGCAACACUAAGAAAAUGUAUUACUACGAUAGACAUUAUACUGGUCACGAGGAACCAGAGAGGCCAACACGUAGAGGAACAAAGAGAUAUAGGGACAAAGACGCACCGAAACGGGCACUAUCCGCAUUUUUUUACUUUUGCCAAGAAUUACGCGGCAAGAUGAGGGAAUUACAUCCCGAGAUGGGAGUAGGUGACAUCGCGAAGGAAUUAGGAAAAUUGUGGAUGAGCACGGAUUUGCAAACAAAAUCCAAAUACAUGGCUAUUGCAGAAGAGGAUAGAGCCAGAUACGAAAGAGAAAUAAUUGCAUACAACAAGAGAGUGAAAAAUUAUGAUCCAGAAGAAGUUGGAACUGUAUAAGUUGUAUGAUGGAUACACGCGGGACAGACGAAGGUGGACUAUUCUCAUUUGAGCACUCGAACGCAGCAAGACACGAGAGUAGAGGACGAUAUUAUUACUAACAUAGUAUUACUAACUGUUGUAUAUAUUAUGUACACUGUUGAUAUUGUCCGGAAAAGAGAGAAAUUGAUUUGCAAAAAUUCGAUUAUAUACUUAUAACGAUAAAAAAAACAGCCAGAUUCGGAGAAGACAAAAAUUCCAUUUUAUAAUGAAUUUCUCCAUCACACGCAGACGCUAUAUCAUAUACAUGACUAACGUGUGCUAAUAUAUAUAAAUGUACCGAUAUAUAAUACAAUACGAACUUCGAUUAUCUGAACGCUUAUAUAACCUGUUGGCUAUUUGAGUAAUCAAACAUUCGGUCAAUCGGCAUUCGGAUAAUCCAAGUUUUGCUGUAUAAGUUUUAGCGAUAGAAUAAUAAUAAUUCAAGUAACUGCUCUAUACUAUUAUGGUACAUUAAUAUUAAACAAUGAUAACAAUAAUAAUGAUACUGGUAAUGUUAGAACAUAAUAAAAGCAUAUAUAUUGCACCAUGCACCUAUAUUGCAUUAUAAAGUUACAGUAGACUGCUUCCUUAAGAUACAAGAAAUGAAAGAGCUGGAAUGACAAAAAAAA